CGGGGCGCGGGGCGCGGGGCGGGUCCCGCCGUCAGCUCCUCGCGCCCGCGGUGAUUCCGAGCGGGAGAUGGAUUUAGGUGCUGUUACAAAACACUCAACAUCACAUGCCAAGCCCAGUGGACUUGUUCUUCAAUAUGGGACUGCCGGAUUUCGAGCAAAUGCAGAGCAUCUUGAUCAUAUCAUGUACCGCAUGGGAUUGUUAGCGGUCCUGAGGUCAAAACAGACAAAAUCCACCAUAGGCGUCAUGGUCACGGCAUCACACAAUCCUGAGGAAGACAAUGGUGUGAAGUUGAUCGAUCCCUUGGGUGAGAUGUUGGCACCGUCCUGGGAGGAGCACGCCACGCGCCUGGCCAAUGCUGAGGAGCAGGACCUGCAGAGAGUGCUUGUGGGCAUCAGCGAGGGCGAAGCUGUGGAUCUGCAGCAAGAGGCCUUUGUGGUUAUUGGGAGAGAUACCAGGCCCAGCAGUGAGAAACUUUCACAGUCUGUAAUAGACGGAGUGACUGUUUUAGGAGGUCAAUUCCAUGAUUAUGGCUUACUAACCACACCCCAGCUGCACUACAUGGUGUACUGUCGAAACACCGGCGGCCGAUAUGGAAAGGCAACCGUAGACGGUUACUACCAGAAACUUUCUAAGGCUUUUGUGGAGCUUACCAAACAGGCUUCCUGCAGUGGAGAUGAGCACAGGUCACUUAAAGUGGACUGUGCAAAUGGUAUAGGGGCUCUGAAGCUAAAGGAAAUGCAACACUACUUCUCCCAGGGGCUGUCCGUUGAGCUGUUUAAUGACGGGACCAAAGGGAAGCUCAACCAUCUAUGCGGGGCUGACUUUGUGAAGAGCCAUCAGAAGCCUCCAGAGGGAAUGGAAAUGAAGUCUAAUGAAAGAUGUUGUUCCUUUGACGGAGAUGCGGACAGAAUUGUGUAUUACUAUCGGGAUGCAGAUGGUCAGUUUCAUCUCAUAGAUGGAGACAAGAUAGCAACGUUAAUUAGCAGUUUCCUGAAAGAUCUCCUGUCGGAGAUUGGAGAAGAUUUGAAUAUUGGUGUUGUACAAACUGCAUAUGCAAAUGGAAGUUCCACACGGUAUCUUGAAGAAGUUAUGAAGGUACCUGUUUACUGCACUAAAACUGGUGUCAAACAUUUGCAUCACAAAGCUCAGGAGUUUGACGUUGGAGUUUAUUUUGAAGCAAACGGGCACGGCACAGCCUUGUUUAGUAAAGCUGUGGAAGUGAAGAUAAAACAGCUAGCAAAAGAAUUAGAAGAUAAUAAAGGAAAAGCUGCUAAGAUGCUUGAAAAUAUCAUUGACUUGUUUAACCAGGCGGCUGGUGAUGCCAUCUCCGACAUGCUGGUGAUUGAGGCCAUCCUGGCUGUGAAGGGGCUGACGGCCCAGCAGUGGGACGCGCUCUACAGGGACCUUCCAAACAGGCAGCUCAAAGUGAAGGUUGCAGACAGGAGAGUUAUUAGCACCACAGAUGCUGAAAGACGGGUGGUUACACCGCCUGGACUCCAGGAGGUGAUCAGUGACCUGGUGAAGAAGUACAAGCUCUCCCGAGCUUUCGUCCGGCCCUCAGGUACAGAGGAUGUCAUCCGAGUGUACGCAGAAGCCGACUCACAAGAAAAUGCAGAUAGCCUUGCACAUGACGUGAGCUUGGCAGUAUUUCAGCUGGCUGGAGGGAUUGGAGAAAGACCCACGCCAGGUUUCUGCGGAUAAUUUUUACAUUCCGAAAACUGGAUUUUUAAAAAGCUUUUAUGAAACUGUAACAACAUUCGUAAUCAUGUUUACAUGCACCUUACUGGACUGUUUCUAAUCGGUUUUUCCUAAACACUACUAGGGUGUUUUUUUAAGAAAUGGGUAAGCCUUUUACGCUUGUUGAAGAAGUUUACCUCUAGUACAAUAUUGGGGGUGUUAAGUGUAUGAUUCAGUCAUUAAUUUUACAGUGUAUGCAAGGAGCAGAUCUUUCAGAAUGCUGGAAAAUUAAAUCUUAUUACUA